UGCGACAAGCAUCCUCAGGAGCGGGUCUCUACAACGCAAAGACAAGACAAAUCAGGAGGCGCCCUGUCAGACCAGAGGCCAAGAGCUGCUGGAGAGAGAGACUCGCUGUUCUGCUUUUUAUUCGAGUCCAGUGCGCGUUUGCCAGUCGCCAAAGGGACAGAUAUGUGGCAGGUCUUGGGAGUGCUCCUGCUUGCGGUGGGAUUCCUGGGCAGUGUCUGCGGCGUGGAAAAGGGCUGUCAGCUUUGGGAGAGCGGGGCCAAUGGGAAUGUGUGCUGUACACUCUGCAGGCCAGGAAACCGCCAAGUAACAAGGUGUGGCCCGGACCCCAAAGAGCUGUGUGUCCCCUGUGAAGAUGAAACCUACACUGAUGUCCCGGGAGUGUCUGUCUGCCAAAGCUGCACCCAGUGCAUAGGUUUGCAAAAGGUGAAACAAGAAUGCACCAGCUCCUCGAACACUGUGUGCGACUGCCAGGCAGGGUACCGCUGCGGGGGCACCGGGUGCUCCUUCUGUUACGAGGAGUGUGGGAAGGGGCAGCAGCCUUUACCCAACAGGACCUGCCAGGUGUGUCCCCUGGGGACCUUCAAUGACAAGAUCCACAGCAAGUGUGUCCCAUGGAGUAAAAGUUGUCCUCAGUCAAACCAGAAAAUUGUGAAGAAUGGCACCGCCGUCAGUGACAUAGUUUGCACCCCCGAGUCGACGGAAAACAAAGAUGGAAUCGAGUGGACGGUGGCAGCCAUUGUGGGCAUCUGUUUGUGCCUCGUUAUCAUAGUGGCGCUUGGCCUGCUCGUCACACACAUGAAGAGCAAGAAGCUGAAGAUGACCGUGGAGGAGGCCAUGCCACAGACCAAAGACGGCCUUAGGUUGGUGGUGAGGCAGGAGGAGUGCAGCUUCUGUUUCCCCCAGCAGGAGCAGGGAAGCAGCCUGGAGUCUGUGGCCUCCCUGGAAUCCAAGCAGAAACUCCUGGUCUCUGUGUGA